UGAUGAAGUCCGGGAGUUAUGUUUAUCAUAAUUUUUUUCUUCUCUCUUCUGAUUUACUUUUUUUCUAUUACAUGUUGAACCACAACAGAAAAGAGAGGGAGAGAGAGAGAGAGAAAACAGCAUUUCAAGUCUCACUCUCUAUCAUCUUUCUCCCGUUCAAGAUCAGCGACCCAGAAACAUAUCAAGACUCUCAUUGAGAGAGAAAGACUCGGGUAAGAUGAUGACGACUCUUAUGAAGAUGAACAUCAUCACCAUCUUCAUGCCCAUCGUGAUUGAAGCCUGAAGCAUGACCCAACGGAUAAGUUGUGAAAUUAAAUCAACAACAGGAUCAUCAACAGUUCACCAGCAAACAAUUGGUAAAUCAUCUUCAUCUUCUCGAUCCAUGCCAACGAUAUCUUCUCCAUUUAUCCAAGGAUGGUUAAGACGACAAUUAAUUCCCGUUAUCAUCCGAUCCAAAGUUAAUGAUUCCAAAUCGUCCUGGAAAGGUUCAGUUGACUUAUCAACAUCUACGAUGAAAACAAAUGCAAAUGAAUACACAAAUAUGAGUAAAUUAUCGGCAACAAUCAACAAUAAUAUCAACUCAAGUAACUGUGCAAUCAACAAUCUAACCAAUAAUUUACACAGUAAUUGUUUCACACCCAACCAUCAAUCUCCUCUUAAAAGUAAAUUGAUUGAUAACUCAUUAGAACUACAAUCACAAUCAGCUCCAUGUACACCGAAGUUCAUGAUGAAACGUCCACCACCAUUAGAGACAAUCUAUUCAACACCAAUGACAAUCGAUUGUGGAGAGAUUGAUUUUCUUUCUCGACAAUUAACUGAAAAGGAUAAAAUAUUAACAGAAUUACGAUUAGAACUGUUAUCAACGGAAGAUCAAAUUGAAGAGCUACGUGAAUUAAUUGGUAAAUUAGGUAAACAAUUAGUUAACCUAAGAGAGGAAAAUAAAAGAUUGAACAAUUUAGUUGAUUCACUUACAACACUUUCUUGUUAUAAAUUAUCGAGAGUAAAUGGACAAUCUUCAAAAAUCAACAAUCAAAACACUGAACAAUCAACAACAAUCACAAUCUAAUCAAACCAUUUUAUUUAAAAUCUUUUCACCUAAUCAACAUUUUCUUUCGUAUUCUUAUAAUCAAAUGUCAAUUCAUCAUCAAAUCAACAUGGAAUCAACAUAUCAACUAAAUUGUAGCAAAAUUUUUUUUUUUCAUUUCUCACUUUACAUAUUAUGCAAACUCCUUAGAUACAGUUAAUUAACCUUUUGUUUUAAUUGUAUUUCUCAAUGAUAAAUUUUCUCAAUCAAGAUCUAAUCAUUGAAUUGUGCCGGUAAAUGUGCAAUUUAACAGACACAAGAUUAAAACCUAACCAAUCAUAUUAGAAUCACAAUCAAGGGUAAAUCGAAAUGUAACCCAACAUAUAAAUGGAAACAAUUUAAGUGAAAAUACAAUUGGCUUUUGUUAAUCUUUUCCAUUCAAUGUUGUUUUAAUCAAUUCUUUCUCUCUCUCUCUGUAUAUCAACACAAAUAAAUAUUACUAAUCAUCUCAGCUUAUUAGAGAUUGAAAAAGA